AUGAGGCCUCCUCUACUUUCACUGGUGGCUGCAUUGCUUAGCCUUCCUUUGGUGUGGGCGGACAGCUUUGAUGAUAAGGCCAAUGAGCUUCUUGCGUCCACCAAAGUGCGAGGAUUUGCAGUGGCAAUCAGAGUUCCCGAACAAACCAAUCCAGUGAUUCGAGCCUAUGGAAAGGUCUCGGCUGCUGCAAAUGCUGCUGAUGUCACUACAGAUACAGCUUUCAUGAUGGCUUCUGUCUCCAAGCCGUUUGCAGGAGCGGCAAUCGCCAAAAUGAUCGAUCAACGAUUGAUCACUCUGGACACUGACAUUCGAACCGUCCUUCCUGCUGGAUAUGCGGCAACCAACUAUCAAAACCCACUUCAUACCUCCAAGGCCGUUACCUUUCGGCAUAUUUUGACACAUCGCUCUGGACUUCGGGCUGUGGUUCCCGGUGUGGACGAUACCAACGGAGAAGAAGUGUACCCAGACUAUGGUCCCGCAAAUGGAUACUUAGGGAUUGCUGUGGGCAAUCCUACUUGCUCCUUGACAGAUGUCAAAGGGUUUUAUCGAGAUUAUAUGGAAGAAGGGGCGCCUGAUACCACAGUUGGGAGGGCCGAUCUAUCUGUCUUCCCCGGGGGUACUUUUGAUUGGUACACCAAUGCCGAUGGUGCCAAUGCUUGGUCAAAAAAUGCUCCCGGAGCCAGCAACGUCUAUUCCAACUUUGCAAUGGGAUAUAUUGCUGCUCUGGUAGAGCACAAGACAGGAAUGAGUUUUAGUCAAUACUGUGACACAAACUUGUUUGGUCCUCUGGGCAUGACAAACACAAAAUGGCUGCGGGAAGAGUUGCCCAACACAACUCAACAGGCUGUUCCAGUUCGUUCAAAUGGAGAUGGCACGUACUUUGAUAUUGGCCACUAUUGCUUCAUUGACUAUACAAGUGGACAACUUUACACCACCGCCAACGACGCUGCAAAGUGGGGGGAUGAAAUGCUCUCCAAGGGUACUGCAACACUUUGGUCAUCGGCAACUGCGGCACAAGUGUUUGGCUGUCAGGAGAAAGAUGAAACUAACAUGCAACUAUCUGAGGCUGACUGUGGUUAUUCCUUAGCUUGGGAGUAUCUAGGAGCUGCCAAGAAGGACAGUGUGAUUGCGGACUAUCCUUGGAUGGCAGUUUUUGAGAACUAUGAUUGGACCGACAGUGUUGAGCAUGGUGGUAGCGAACAAGGAGUAACGACUCACUUUAUCAUCUUUCCAAUUGCAGGCGCCUACGGUGUGGUCAUGAUCAACUCAUCCGGGCCAGAAAGAGACACUGCUGCAGCCGAAGCUGCUCUUACUAUACUUGAAGAGCUUUUCCCCGAGGCACAAAAAACCAAGACACCAGCACCUUCUCCCCCCUGCUUCCCCGCUUCCUUGUACACAUCAGUCAUCCAGCAAGCAUCCCUCCUUGUGGACUCCGCAGCGCUGGCUUUUUCCAGGUUCUGGUCUUGA